GUUCUCCGGGGGCAGCAUGAACCCAGCCAGAUCGCUGGGCCCAGCCGUCCUGACGGGCAUCUGGGACCACCACUGGGUGUACUGGAUCGGCCCCUUGCUGGGCGCGGUGCUGGCCGGCCUCUCCUAUGAGUUCCUCUUCGCCUCCAGCGCCUCCCGGGAGAAGCUGGUCGCCUGCCUGACCUGCCGGGACAUCGACAUUGUGGAGACGGCCAGCAUGUCCCGCUCCUCCCUCUCCACUGCCCCCCAGGAUGCCACCCGGGCCAAGCCGCCCCCCAAGGGGGAGCAGCACUGAGCAGGCUUGGCCUCCCCCACCCCGCCCUGCCCCCCAAGGACCUUCCAGCCUCCAUGAACCACCCCCUUCUGUUGUGAUCCAGCCCACCCUUUGCCCUCCUGCUAGCCCCACUGAGCAACCCCCACCCCCAGUGCUGCUCCAGCUCCGGUGCCAGCUGCACCCAGCAUCCACUGGUGGGGGCAGGGGAUGGGCAAGA